UCCGAGACUGCUGGGGCUUGAUGAUAAAUAGCGCUGGGUGGAGCCUGUUUUAGGAGGAGGAGGAGGAGGGCAUUUGUGUCCAGCCUGGUACCUGGGACCAAUUCUGGCCUGAUAAUUGUGACCAUGUCUACGGGGAUAAUAUGCCGAAGAUUUUCAGGGCGAUCUUGCAGGACAACUGCAUUUUCCACUGCAACCAAGGCAGAGACAACAGAGAUCUUCCCAAAAGGAGAAGAAGGCCACCGCACCAAAAGAGGAGGCAGAGAUUUUAAACCUGCUGUUGCACCCAAACUUUGGAAGCCUCCAGGUUACCGGUUAUGUUAUUAUCCCUCCACUUCCCUGGAAACUAAGUGUCUGCUUCACAAGGAUGCCCCCAAAGGUUUGACAGAAGGAUCACUUGAAUAUGUUUGCUCCAGAACUAGUAUUAAAUGCACCCAGAAUACACACAGUGUUCCCUGUCCCCCAAUGCUUCCAAGAAUAAAGAGCAUGCUUCUGGAUUUGGAAAACAGCAAGGCUUUCUGCACUCAAGCUUCCCUGAGGGAACCACUGUUACUGUCCCCCAUAAAGAAUGACAGGGAGGACGUCUAUUUAGAGACUUAUGGUAGUAAGGAAGCGGCUAGACAAUUCCAGAAGCAAAGGCCUGAAUACAAAUCUCUGUGUUACAUCCAAGAUGAGUGCCUUCAGCCCCUUUCUGUAGAGGAAUGUCAUCUUAUCCUACAGAAAGUCUCUGUAUUGAAAGAACGCAUGAAACCAGAGGCCGUUGCAAACUCUUUCUUCAGGUUGAGCCACUUGCCAGCAGAAAAACACCAAACCAUAAAAUCUAGUGCCAAAUUUGCUGUGCUGUGUCAGAAUGUAGUUAACAGCAUCCAUCUGUUUGAGAAUUCUGAGCUGAUUGUGCUUUUAAAAGCCUUUGUCUCCUUAGCCAUUCCGCCCAUCCAUCAAAUGUUGAAGGUUGUUGAAACCGAGUGUUGCCGACGGGUCGGGCACCUGAGCUUGGAUCAACAAUUGCUAGUAGCUGAUCUGUGGCGUUGCUUGAAUUGCAAGGUCCCUCAGUAUUUAGAUGUUAUGUUGAAUUAUAUUAACAUGAACUGGAAUGAUCUGUCUUUGACCCAGUUGGUUCAGCUAGUCUACAUUGUUGGUGAAGGCCGCAAGGCCCAUGAAGACUUAAUGAAGAAGCUAGAGGCUUCGGUGGCAAAGCAUUUGGAUUCCCUCAAUCUAGAGGAAGUGGGCAUCAUUUGCUUAGGGUUCUUCAAGACACAAAGUCCUAUCUCUGAACCCAUCAUGCGAAAAAUUGGAGAUAAAAUUUGUGACUGCCUGGGAGACAUGAGCAGUUUUGCCAUAGUGAAUGUCCUCAAAAUGUUUCGUGGGGUUCACAUUGAUCAUGUAGACUUUUUAAAGCAGCUUGGGCAUGUUAUUCCUCCCCGGAUAUCAACUAUCAGCAUUCAAGGGGUCAUGCACAUCGCAUUUGCUUGCUCCUCCUUGCAUUAUUGCAAUGAAAACAUCAUGAAUGCUGUGGCUGCUGCUGUUCCUCCCAAGGCCGCUUCUUGCCGAACCAAAGACAUUGCCAAAUUAUUGUGGUCUUUUGGAAACAUGAACUAUGAGCCUCCCAAUGCAGAAGAAUUCUAUGCCAGCCUGAGGGAGCAGUUGGAGUCGAGAUUGUUUGAAUAUAAUAAAUUCCCUGAGCAUUUGAUCACCUCCUUAAUUGGUUUGGCCUUUGUAAAGCAGUUCCCAUAUGACUUGCUUGAUUAUGCUUUGAGUCCUGAGUUUAUCAAAUUAAGCAGCAUAUCUAAAUAUGACCUCUGGAAGGAUUUUUUCACCCUCGAUGGUACAGUGGAAAUUGAGUGUCCGAGCUAUACUGGCAGUCGUCUUUCAACGCAAAAUAAGCAGGAGAUGGCAGAAAAAAUGCAGAACUAUUCCCUGAAGCAGGAAUUUGCUGUAGCUUGGUCUCUCCUAGAGGACAUGCUGGGUGGCUCCCAGUAUGUCAAGCUCCAUGCCAUCUUGCCUCAUACCAGAUCUGUUGAUUUAGAAAUUCGUUUAGAUUCCAACCAAAAGCCGUUGCCAUUUAAUUCAAAAGGUGCAACGGCAGGACGCUCAGAACUGAAAAAGAAUGGCACGUUCCUCACAGAUAACAUAAUUAAUCAGCUUUUGAAAGGGAAAUCGGUCAGCCAGCCCAUCCCAAGCGAUGGCAAAAGCAAGAAAGACGUGCAUAUUCAGAAAAGGGCAGGAUCUCGUGAACUACCUAUUUGGAAUAAUUUGGAAUUUUCUGACCGGAUUUUGCUUGCUGGCCCCAGUUUGAACACUUCGGUCAAUGCAAAAGCUGAAGGUUUACCCUCCAUGAUAGACCAGGAGCAGCAGAGAUGUGUGAAAUUAGCUCUUCAGGUAACCAACAGAAACCAAUACAGGUAUCACUCAAGAGAGCUGCUGGGGCUCCACUCUAUGAAAAGGAGACAACUCCGUCAAAUUGGAUAUAUACCAGUAGAACUGCCUUUCUGGGAAUGGUUUCCAUUACUCAGAUGUAGCCAUGUGGAACAACUGACCUAUUUAUGCCAGAAAGUGUAUGAAAGGUAGCAAAACAUCAAAUAGAACAUUAAAUAGAACCCGACAUCUUGUGCUAAUGACUUGAGUUUUAGCCCUGUUGCUUGAGAUGACCUAGCUGGAUGCCCUUCUGCUGGAUAAUACCUGGUGUUUCUGAGCUGUUUGAUUUCUGUUCUCUCUUUGCAGGGUCAUAAUCAGUACUCUUAGAAGGGGCAAUACCUGCUUUCAGCAUGUUUCUUUUGGGGGGAAGGGGGCAAAAAGAUUUCAUGGUGAUUCUUAAGGAAAUAAAAUACUACUUCUAAUACAGUUUUAUUUUACUUUUGCUUCACAACUUUGCCCCCAAAGGAGCAGCUGUCAUAACUUGAAAGACCAAGGAACCAAAACUUUGUGAAUAUUCAUAAUAUACACAGAGUCCAGCAGUCAGUUUACCCAUAAUUUGAGUGAACAUAUCUCACAGUGCUGGCUGAUGAUCUGUGAAAUGGGAAUUAAAUGUGCUUGUAUUUGGAGAUAUGUAAGAAAAGUUGUAAAAUGCCUUGCGCUUGUGUAUAUAUGUGUAUGAGAGAGAGAGUUGCAUAUGUGCAUGUAUUACUCUGAGUGGAUGGCACCAUCUGUCCCACUCUGUCUGGUCUUGGAAGCUAAAUAGGGUCAGGCCUUGUUAUUAUUUGUAUGGGCAACCACCAGAAAAUCCUUGGGGUAAGUCAGAAAACAUCUCAGAGGAAGUCACUGGGAAACCAUUUCUGUAUUGCUGACAAAAAACCUACAUGGAGAUGUCUUUGAAGUUACCAGAAAGUGAGUUCAACUACUUUAGUAUAUAUUUGUGUGCGUAUAUGACUCCAGUAGGCAAGAACAACCUGGUGUAAGAAAUGCAGUUUGGCUAAUGGGGAAUAGGUGUGUGAUAUUUUCUCACACAUUUCACUUUAAUUUUUUGCUAAGAAUUAUUGGCACGCAAAAGGAAAAUCUGGAUGUUCCAAUAAAUGGCUAGAAUAUAUUGCAACAUUUAAAAUAUACUUUUAUUGCUCUUGUUUAUUUUUUAUUUAUUGUACUUAUUCUGCUGUAUAGUGUUGAUCAAUAAAGGCUUAUGGCAGAACACAAAAGUGUUCA